CUUAGAAGCGCGAUCGGUCUUCCACUUUGCAGUUCGAGAUUCGUCGCGCAUAGAAUCACUCGUCGUCCACAAGCGACUUCUCGCUCAUCAUUCGUCCUGUAGCUUCCUAGCGCGAUAUUAAUCCCAAAGCUCAGCUUUGGUAUUUCGGUUAAAGGGCGUGAGGUGAAGAUUAGCGCUAGCAUUACAUUAUUCGACAUGAAUGACAUAGGGGCUGUACCAAAUGGUCGUUCUGGUUCGCAAUUCUCCCAUUCUGGUUCCCAAGAUGAAGCGAGAAGGAAUGUGGUUCCGAUAAUUUAUACAAGAGGUACCCACUAUGAAAUUGGAUUUGACAUUGGAAGGACGUUCGCCAAGAUGAUACAAGACUUUGUGCAUCGGUACAGACCUUUGAAUGAAGUCUAUUUGUCGGUAUACAACACAGAACCUGGCCGAAAAGUUUAUGAAGAAACUUUGGAAUGCGUGAAAAAACAAUAUCCGCAAUAUGUUCGUGAAAUGGAGGGUACGGCAGAUGGAUCCGAGGUGCCAUUCUACAAGUUAUUCCUGAUGCACAUUGAUGAUAUCAUGCCUAAUGUGGCGGCAAACGGCUUACAAGGAAAUACAAACGCGGUUGGCUGCUCUUCCAUUAUCUGUAAUCAGCCAGGACAGGAAAUUUUGGGCCACAACGAAGAUGCGCUCAGAGAAACCAUGAAUCAUUGGUAUCUCGUGGAUGCACAUAUCAUCGAACUCGGCUAUCAAGAAGAGAAGUUUACUUCGCUAAGUUACGCAGGAUUUCUGCCAGGAUAUACGAUGGGUUACAAUCAUCACGGACUUGUGUACAGUAUUAAUACUUUGAGUGCAAAAACUCUUCGAUCUGGUAGAACACCCAGAUACUUCAUGACCCGCGCCCUUCUCGGCGUCGAGAACUACGUCCAGGCCCAGGAGUGCCUGCGCAACGAGGGCUACGGUGCCGCCGAGGGCUUCUCCGUCAACAUGACCUUCCUCGAUCAGGAGGGCGACCGGAUGUUCCAUAACGCAGAGGUCGGUCCGGUCGAGGUCGGCGAAAUGAGCUCCCAAUUGAGCAUGCAGACCGCGAGUCCCGGGGAGAAUCUCUUCCACUGCAACAAAUAUUUGCGUCUUAAAGUGGCCGAGGUCGAGGGCUUGAUCAUCGACAGCAGCAUCCACAGGAUGCAGGCAAUUAAUAGACACUCUCCACCGAAAAAUCGAAAGGAAAUCAUGGAGAUCCUCAGUGAUCAAACGGAUGACGAUUUCAGAGUUUAUCAAGAUAUUCGACCGGAUGAUUACGUAAAAACUAUAGCAACGGGAAUUUUCGACUGUAUUGCAAAAACAUGGUCAAUAUACACGGACAAGCCGAAUACCAACGAACCUGUCGUCGUACUUCCCCUUCAAUUAAAGGAUACAAACUCAAUAUUUUAUAGAAAAUAAGCCUUUCUUCUUUAACUUAUAUGGAAAUCAACAUAAUACUACUGUUAUUAGGGGGGCAAAGAAAUAAAAAG